AUGGUACAACCCCUCCUGGACGGAGAGUGCCUCAAGGAUUAUAUGCAGAAUAUGUUGCAACACCAACUUCAGGAUGAGCUUGUUGACUUCUUAGAACUGACAGCCAGGCGAAAGCAGUUCCUCACAAACAACACCUUGUGUGCUACACAACAGAAUGAUGAAACUGUCAUUAUUAUAGAACAAGCACUGACCUCUGAUGAGGCACUGCUUGAACUGAACCUGGUUUCGCCACUGACUGUCGCCGACGAGUGCUGCUCGUUUGACGUCGUAUCUCUCUUCACGAACGUUCCCGUCCCGCUGGCAGUCUCUGCUGCCAGACGUGCACUUGAGACGGAUAACGACCUCAGCUCAAGGACCAAACUGAGCAUCGACGAACUCUUCCGGCUACUUGAUUUCUGCCUCAACGGCACGUACUUCGCCUUCGGAGGAGAAUAUUACAAGCAAACCACCGGGACGGCGAUGGGUGCCCCAGUCUCCGUCAUAGCGGCAAACUUGGUAAUGGAAUGCAUCGAGGAAAGAGCAUUACAAUCUUCACCCAAUCACCCCAAGGUAUUCCUACGCAACGUGGACGAUUGCUUCUGCAUCCUCAAGAAAUCAGACGUGGAUGCCUUCUUGACACACGUCAACAGCGUCGAGCCGUCCACACAAUUCACUGUUGAACGUGAAACAGACAACCGCCUGCCCUUUCUCGACGUGCUCGUCACACGGCAUGAGAACAACCUGGAGUUCACUGUCUACAGAAAGCUAACACACACCGGACGACACCUGCCAUCUGACUUCAACCACCCCUCGUGUCACAAGGCGGCGGUUGUCUCUUUCCUCCUGUCGUGGGCCAGAAACAUCUGCUCCACAGAAGGCGGCAGAAAGAAGGAAGAGAGGGUAGUCAUGGCUGGUCUGCUGAGAAACGGCUACAAGCAAAACUUUAUUCAAAGAAUCUCGCGUUGCAAGCCGGAUGACCGACCACGUGCGGCAGAUACUACUGUACAUCGAGUGAAGCGUAUUAGUAUCCCCUAUGUGAGAGGCAUCAGCGAAGCCUUGGUACGUGUGCUCGCCAAGGAAGGGAUACGCGUGGCCCAUAAACCAGUGUCGACGCUCGGACACCUGAUACCGCGGCAGACAGAUUGCCGCCCUAAAGAAAAGGCACAAGGUCUUAUCUACAAAAUUCCCUGUUCUCAGUGCCUGGCAUCGUACAUUGGGGAAACAAAGAACUUCACCCAAAGACUGCAACAACACAAAAAACGACGUUCGCAAGUGUGA